CGCUUGACCCGGAGGCCGGGGGAAAGUCGUCGUUUUUCCUCCAGAAGAAGAUCCAGGCCACAAGCAAGAUAUCUAGAGAGUAGAGGUAUCUUGAGAGUUGCUCUACCACCGCACACUCAACACCACAAGGUCCACAAACAAGAUCCAGAAGAAGAGAGGAACCUACCGUGGAGUAGAGAUGGCCGUAAGCAUGAUUCAGGAGCACGCUAUAGAGUUGAUCAUGGACGCCGGGGUCAACGCCGUUGAAGCGAUCCAGCUGAACAACCACAUCUCCGACCUCCGUACCAGCUUGCCCAGAGCUCGCUUGCUCAUCGACCGCGCCGAGUGGGGCAGGCUGAAGAGCAGCGACCUUGCGACGCUGCUCUCUAAGCUCAAGGACACCACCUACGACGCCGAGGACCUUCUCCGCGCGUUCGACGACCAGCUGGCUCGACAGAAAAUUGAGGACGAGGGCCGCGGCAGGGCAGGUCGAAUCUUCUCUUCCUCUUUAAAUCUUUUCAAGGUGUGGAUCAGAGGCAGCAGGGGAAGGCUCACGGAGGCCCAAGGAAAUCUCAGCAAGGUCAUGGAUGAAGUAGAAAGAGUUGUUGCCUUGAUGGGUCUUGAUGUUCCAGGGGCGCAACAGCUGAUGCCCGAGACUAGUCCAGUCCUGACGGGGCCAGUGUUCGGCCGUGACGAAGAAAGGGAUGUUGCGAUUGAGAAGCUGGGCGUCACGAUUGGCCGCGAAGAGGUACGAGACUGGGCAAUCCAGCAAAUGGGUGUGCCACUCGUCGCCGGAGCCAGAGGUGGUGAAUCUGCUCUUGGAAACGAGAGAGCGGCACAAGGCAGUGCUAAGCGCCUGAAAGGGGAGAGUAGUAGAGGUGCCGAGUUGACGGCCACCAGCAAUCUUUCCGUCUUGCCCAUUGUUGGCAUUGGCGGGGUCGGGAAGACUACCUUGGCUCAAUACAUCUUCAAUGAUGCAAGGGUUGAGGAGCACUUUUCCUUGAUGUUGUGGGUCUGUGUUUCUGAUAUUUUUGACAACAAAAGGAUAACAAAGGAGAUCCUGGAGUCCAUCCCUAGAGAUGGAAAUCAACCUUUCAACUCUUUGGGAAGCUUAGGCGCUCUUCAAAAGGAAUUGAAGAAGCGGCUGCAGGGGCAAAAAUUUCUAUUGGUGUUGGAUGAUGUGUGGGAGAUUACAAAAAUGAAAUGGCAGAACCUUUGUGCACCACUGUGGCAUGGCCAUGAUGGCAGCAUGGUCCUGGUCACUACAAGAUUUCAAAAGGUUGUUGAUCUUGUCGGAACCUUCAAGUCCAUUAUUCCACUAGAAGGCCUGCCUACAACUGUAUUUCGGGAAUUCUUCAGUAAGUGUGCAUUUGGUGAAGAGCAUCCGGGCUCGUUUCCUCAGCUGCAAGACAUUGGCCACAAAAUUGCUGAUAGGUUGUGUGGGUCUCCUCUGGCUGCCAAAACUCUCGGUCGCUUGCUGAAUAUGGAUCUGACGGUGGAGAAGUGGAGGACUAUCCUCAACAGUGAAUUAUGGCAGCUAAAACAUCAAGAGAAUGAGAUAUUACCUGCCCUUCAACUCACCUACCUGUAUCUCCCAUACUACCUUAAGAGAUGUUUUGCGGUUUGCUCUAUGUUUCCAAAAGAUUACAGCUUUGAAAGAGAUGAGUUAGCUAGAUUUUGGGUGGCACAAGGCCUUGUUAAGCCAAAAGAGAACAUGCGCCUUGAAGAUGUGGGGCGUGCAUAUCUGGACGAUUUGAGAAGCAGGUUCCUUUUUCUGAAUGAUCCCAAGUCCCCUGAACAAGAUAAAUGUGUGAUGCAUGACUUGAUACAUGACAUGGCACAGUCUGUUUCAGUGGAUGAGUGCUUUUUGAUGCAACGUUCGAGCUGUCAGAACCGUCGGGGAAUGCCACCACCACAUACAGUUCGCUGUAUGUCAGUUGAAGUAGAUAAUGAAGCUAGAAUGGGAGGAUUUGACCAUUUGAAUAAAAAAUUUCGAGAAUUCCAUUUGAAUAAAUUGAAUUCACUCAGGUUUGGAAUGGGGCUCAAGGUUGAAGAUUCAUGGUUUAACCAGCUCCCCAACAUCCUCUUUUUGAGUCUUAAGGGUUGUAAGCUUGAAAUGCUACCCGAAAGCAUUUGUGAGUUGAACAGUCUUCGUUAUCUUGACAUAUCAAAUACCGCUAUAAAAGAAUUGCCUGAUAAACUUUGGUCCCUUUACACUCUACAGUUCUUGAUGCCAGAUGUUCAGGUUUAACUACAAUUAAUCAGGGAGUAACAAAACUAGUUAACUUGCGUUGGCUAAAAGUAGGAUGGGACUUGGAUAAAUUAAGUGGGAUUGGGAAACUGUCUUCUCUACAGACCUUGUAUAAAUUCACAGUUGGAAAAAAGGAUGGGAGGAAAAUUGGUGAACUUAACGGCAUGAAUCAGCUCAGCGAUAUCUUAUAUAUCGGUUCCUUAGGUAGCGUACAGAGUGAGGAAGAAGCUGCUGAGGCUAGACUUGUUGACAAGCAAUACCUCAAGCAUUUAAGUCUAGCGUGGCAUAACAAGUGCAGCUUGAGGAACGAUGAGAGGGUGAACAGAGUUUUGGAAGGGUUACAUCCUCCUUCAAGUAUUGAGUCGCUUACAGUCCGGCAUUUUGGAGGUGAUAACUUUCCUCCCAGCUGGUUAAAGCAAGAAAAUCUACCUGCUUUAAAAACCCUGGGUCUGCAAUAUUGUAGAGGCAUUAAACAAUUGGUGCUACAUGGCGUUGGGAAUGAAGGUGAAAAUCUGAGAACAACUGCUGACGCUACUCCAAGCGACUCAACUGGUGACAACAGUAUGCUGCAAGCUAGCAUCAACAACAGCAACGGAAAUGCAUGUCUUCCCUUUAAAAGCCUUACCAGUUUAGUUCUUUCCCAUUGUACGAGCUUGACAGAUCUUGACCACUGCCUGUCCCCAGAAUAUCUGCCAUCCCUAAAAUCGAUAGAUAUUUAUUUUUGCCCUAUUGUGUCACUUCCCGUCCACAACUUUGGGGGAUUUACUUGCCUACAAGACCUGAGUAUCCAAAGGUGCUACAAGUUGAUUUGCCCAGAAGAGAUGGUGUUGCCCCGUUUGCUCCAAAGACUCUGUGUUGACAGUAGCGGCAAGCUUGAUGAGUCAUUUCGGCAAGGUGGCUGCUUAGAGAACCUCGCGUCUCUGACCGUUUUGAAGUUGGAUGGCUGCAAAAAUGUGGAGUCUAUUCCAUUGAACUCUAUCAACACAGCCAAACUGCGUUGUUUGGUUCUUCAUAAGUGCGAGAAACUAUCAUCCAUUAGAGGAUUCCAUCGUCUUUCAGCGAUACUUCAUGUCAACAUAUCCGACUGCCCUAAGCUUGACGAAGUACAGCAGCCACUGUUAAAGAAGGGACUACGGGCCAAGGAGGAGAAAGAACUACUGAAAUUUCCUGACGGAAGGUAAGAUUGCUGACCAAUUAGCUUGUUGGUUAAUAUGGCGCUAUUAGAAUGAUGCAGAGGCCGGGGUUUAGCUCCCCAUUUCGAAAAAAAAAAGAAACAAAAUGGCGCAAUUAGAACAAGCUUCUAGUUGUACACGUCCAGGGGUGAGGGAUUGGUCGAUGCCCUCCUCAUAUGUAACAACUAGAAGCGUGUUCUAACAAGCUGUCUAAAUCGUUACGCUCAUGUGUGGAAAUGCAGUGUCCUUCUUACAGUGUAGUUUAAAUUUUCACUAGACAACUGAUGAGGCAUCAUGAAUGCAGUUCUCUAUAUCAGGCAUAUUUUCAACCUUCUCUUCAUUGAUCUCUUUAUACUUGUCAUACAGGAUCCACUACUGGCCUGCCCGUGCUCUAUGCUUAUAGUAUUAUUACCUAUGGAGUUGGACACCAUGGUUGCAGCGUGUGUUCUCUCUUCUUUCAUCCGAGGAUGCCGACAAGGGGCAUAUGCGAGGACUCUUACAGUACCCCCAAGUUGAUAUCAGCCAUCCAUUUUGACGGAUCGAACAGCUCCUAAGCCCUCUUGCUCCACAGGCAGCCCAAAAUCGCCGGAGAACUCGCGGAGUACCUCGACGGAGGGGCAGCAAGUAAUUACUUCUCAUAGUCUGCCCACGGAGGUCAACCUGGCGGUGUCGGUGGAAAUGGAGGAGGAGCCGACCUGGGAGGGGGGCGAGGCGCUGCGAGGCUGUCUUGUCCAGGCCCCCUACGGAUGCGCACCGACGGAUGGGUGCCAGUGGUGGCCGGCUCGCAGCGGCGAGGUGGGGGAAAGGGAGGAGCGGCCGUGGCGGCGAGGUGGUCAGCUCCCUUGAUGGAUGCACGCCGACGGGUGCGGGAGUGGUGGUGGUUGGCUCGCUUCGGCAGCAAGGUGGAGGAAAGGGACGACCAUCCGUGGUGGCGAGGUGGUUCACCCCCUUGACGGAUUCGCGCUCCUGCAUCACUCGUGAUGAACAUCGAGGAGUUCAGCAUGCGCUUCGCGAUUGUGGUGUCCCCAUCAUCGCUAGAGUUGUUGUCAUCCGUAGAUGUGUGCCCAUCGACAUCAACAUGUGAUGCAUUUGGUCCGUCGGGCCAUGUGCACUUGUCUCCCGCCGUACAAUAGGACUUCUGCAACACCAAAGAAUCGAAUUGUAAUGUGUAAUAGCUUAGAAGUAAGCUAAAUUUAAUUCGAACUUAUGAAGAGGAGGCUGGAACAAAGCUGUGCUUGUGGUGGGUAUGGUUGGUGGACGAUAGGGAGGUCUACCCUGUGGCUGUAACUGGCGAAGUGUCGAUAAGUUCAGUUAAGCACUCAUGACGGAAGCUACGACGACCGUUGAUCAAGCGACCAAUGUCAUAGAUCGUCCUAGUCGUUGUCGCGCCAUUUGAACUCAGCAAACCAGCAGUUUACAGCUGGCACCUUAUCAAUGACCCUGUUGUUUGUUGGAUAGUUCGCUUGCUUUUCCUUUUAAUCCCCACUCAUCCGAGGGGAGGAUCAUCUAUUUAGUAUUAGGGUUUUUGCCCGGCUGCCACUGUUCGUGGUCUGGCUCUGUUAUGUCGUUGUAAUCCUCUGAAUUCCCCUCAAGUUAAGCUAUUAAAACUGUCUGAUCUCGCUAUGUAUCCAGUAAUUUCAUUUGAGGUCUAUCAGGUCA